CAACUUUUCAUAACCUAACCCUUCAUGGAAAACUCAAAACUUCCACAUCAAACUCUCAACAACAACAACAACAAAGUUUCAUUGAUCCCUCAUCAUGAAAUAGAUAAAUCCAACACUAAGAAAAUUCCAAAAACAUCAAACAAAGGUCAUCAGAAAAAGUACCUAGGAGUGAGACAAAGACCCUCAGGAAGAUGGAUAGCUGAGAUAAAAGACUCAUCACAAAAACUAAGACUAUGGUUAGGAACUUUUGACACAGCAGAAGAUGCUGCUAUGUCUUAUGACUCAGCUGCAAGGCUUCUUCGAGGUAGAAAUGCCAAAACCAAUUUUCCAAAUACUCGUGAACAAGAUUUCGCCAUUUUAGGAAAGAAUCCGAGAGCUUUUCACCUUCUUAAGCAUGCAAUGAUGAAAAACCAUGCAGUUUCAUCUUCUACAUCUGUUUAUUCUACUGUCAUGAUGCCAUGGAAAAAUGACGCGAUUGUCGAGGAAACUAUAGUUUGUUCUAUUGCUGAUGAUGAAGGUUCUUCUACAGGGUUUUCAUUUGGAAGUUCUAAGGUUUAUUCUUCUGUUGUUGUUGCUCCUUCUUUCAGUGCUUCUUAAUUCAUUUUGCUAAUUAAUUAAUAUUAGUGAUCCCUUGAACAAGUUUGUUCUUCAUUAUUUUGUUAAUUCAAGUUAUUAGUUUAUUUAUGUUCAUUGUGUAUAUGAUGUGGUGGCAAUAUAAUACUAGUAUACUAUACAUCAUUGGGUUGAAUUGAACUUA